CUGCUGGCACAUAGAACAUUGCCGGUCAUGAGUUCAAAAUGGCUGUAGACAUGUUGCUAUACACAACUGCGGGCAAGUUGGUGAGGUCAAUGCAGCAGUCAAUAUCCCUCUCAAAAAUGGGUUAUAGAACUGUGCAUACAGUCACUUGUUAAAAUCAUCCCUCAGAGCUGCCUGUGGAUUUCUUUGAUAUAAUCAACAGCUCAAAGUUUUAUUUUUUAUUAUGGAAGAUUUUCAAAAGGGUUUGCCCUCUUCAGACUCCCAUUUUUAUGAAUUGUCAAUGGAUAAAUGGUUGAUAGCUGAGCAAAGGGUCCAAGAAAUUUUAUGGGCUGUUCAACCAAGUGUAGCUUCUGAAUGGAAACGGAGGGAUCUUAUUGAUUACAUUCAGAGGGUUGUCAAAGGUUCUUUUGGAACCGAGGUCUUGUCCUUUGGUUCAGUCCCUCUCAAGACGUACAUCCCAGAUGGAGAUAUCGAUCUGACUAUCCUCUGCCCCCGAAACAGGGAGGAGGACUUGGCUAGAGCUGUGUGCAGUCUCCUCCAAGAUCAACCAAAGGAACUUGGGUUCCUUUUUAGAGAAGUUCGUUAUAUUCCUGCAAAGGUGAAGCUUGUAAAGUGCGUAGUUAAUAACAUUGUGAUUGACAUAUCAUUUAAUCAGGUGUCCGGGCUGAGCACACUCUGCUUCCUGGAGCAGGUGGACCAGUUUAUUGGAAGAGACCACCUGUUUAAAAAGAGUAUAAUCUUGAUCAAAGCUUGGUGUUAUUAUGAGAGCCGAACCCUUGGUGCACCCGCUGGCUUGAUUUCAACAUAUGCACUAGAAACGCUAGUUCUGUGUAUCAUUAAUCUCUUUCAUUUAUCACUCCAUGGACCUCUACAGGUUCUUCAUAAAUUUUUGGAAUACUACAGCCAAUUUGAUUGGCAAAAUUAUUGUAUAAGUAUAAAUGGUCCAGUUUCCUUAUCAUCCGUGCUUAAACUCAGAGAGACAACUGAAAGUGAGGGGAAGAACUUACUGCUCACUAAGGAAUUUGUGAAGAACUGUAGAGUAGCAUUUUCUGAAAGAAGAAAAAAGAGUGAAGCUAGACUGCAAGAAUUCCCAAUUAAGUACCGCAAUGUAGUGGAUCCUCUCAAAGACAACAACAAUUUAGGCCGCAGUGUUAAUUCAGGAAACUGCAAGCGCAUUCAAUCUGCUUUUGCAUAUGGGGAAAAUCAGCUUAGAACAAUUCUAGCACUACCGGGUGAAAGCAUUGGCCAUGAACUCCAAAGAGAAUUUUUUAACGCCACUGUAGAUAGGAACGGGAGGGGAGAAAGACCAGAUUUGCAAACUCCUGUCCCUGCAUUUGGUAGUGGUAGAUCUGUACCAUCGAAUCUCAAUGGGGACUAUGAUCAUCAUUAUGGGGGGAUAUUGUAUGCGCAGGUGCUUCAUGAACAAAGCUUGCAUCUUUCGUCCCAACCAUGUCCCAGGCCUUCUCAGGUAGAGAAUAACACCACAUGGAAUGCCAGGCCUUGGUCCAUGGAGCAACAUAGCUGGAAUGUUUUUAAUCGAAUGCCAGUGAAUGCAUAUGGAUAUUCUUUCUAUCAUUGUGCUUCACAACCGACUGCUGAUAUGAGGACAUUUGCAGGAACUGGCACAUACAUACCUGAUGCGAGACCUCAUUACAGAGGAGAGCAUUUAAUGGUGAGGGAAAGGCCCGAGUCUAGAACUCAUCUGGUGACGAUAGAACCAGCUCAAAAGGAUAAGCGGGUUGUCACAGGAAUAAACACUGGUGUACAUGUAAGCAGCUUUGGUCCUUCAGUUGAGGAAUUUCCCCAUCUUCCAGGCAUGCAAGUGCCCCCACCCUCAGCAUCUCUUCAAUCCCAGGUGCCCGCUCACACCAGUGAGGAUCAUAACCUUGGGGUUCUGGGGCCUGCGCCAGUGCCAUUGGGAAUGCAUUCACUUGAAACAAGGGCAGAUUCUCACAGUUCACUUACUCAUGACUUCAGACCGAGGGUCCCUGAAACGGGAAUGCCAAAUCAACAAGUACGUUCUAACAUUGAUGAGAUCGAUAGAGAGCAGUUCCAGUUGCACAGUAAAGAUUUUCCACCUUUGCCUAAGAAAACAAAUAUCAUCGAUGAGAUCAAUGAAGAGCAGUUCCAGUUGGACAAUAAAGAUUUUCCACCUUUGGGUACCAAAACAAAUCUCUGAUACUUCAGUUACGUUCUGGGACUUUAAGUGGAGUUUUUGAUCGACACCUUUGGACCGUGAAGAGACCAGUGCAUGGAUGGAGGGCAUUCAGGAAUUAUUACCUACCCUCCGGUGGGGAUGAGGUUUCUAUAAGAAGCAAAUUUUACAAAAGAAAAAACGUCUAUAAUUGAUUGUGACAGUGAAGUUAGGUAAGAUAAUUAUGAGAUAAUUGUUGGAUGAUUAUGCAGAAAAAAUUUCCCAACUUCUAUAAAUAUUUCUUUCUUUUUGGUAAAUCCUCAG